GCUGACGAAAUUAGACACUGGCACACACGGAAGGACCACCUCUAAUAAAGCAAAGUUUGGAACAGGAGGAUUUGGAUUUAUUUUCCCGCGCUUAAGGUUCAGCCAGAGAUGCAUUGCUCGAGGUUCAAGGUUUGGGUCUCGACCCAUCAUUCAUCGGGCCUUUCAACUUUAUUCGGGUCAUCGUCAUCAUCAUCGUUACCUAUUUUCAUUGGCAAUAGUACAGGUGCAGCCAGCGGUAUCGCCGAUCUGGCCCCUGACUUUGAAGUCUCAGAUAACACAUCAGCAAACUUGAACGCCUAAAGACCCCGGGAUCCCAACCCUUGAACACUGCCUGCUUUACCCCGGCAGUGCCCACGCCUGUCCCUCUGACAGAGCCCCGUUGCCAGCUCUGCAACUUCUCAUGAGAUACGCCGAUUCGUCCUGACUCACGGGGUCACCCUUUUGAUAUUGAUACAGAGGUAGCUCUAUUUGCUGCACAAUCUGCGUUGUCGAGAUUCUUGUCGAAAGGAGUUCUGAAGCGUAUCAGAGAUGACAGAGCAAAGUGACCGCAGUUUCAAUACGUUACAGGUUUUCACCCUGUCAGGACAAACACUAUAUCGUGUUGACGACCUUCCGUUCAACGUCGAGGAGCUGUCCAUCUGAAAUGCAGCCAACCAGCUACACGUUCAAAGGUAGCCUUUUUCGGAGUAAUAUCUCUGUGCUCCGGGAUGCAAAGGAAACGGUGCCUUUGCCAUCUCCACCGGAUUGAGAGGAUAUGUGAGCGGACUCUUCUCUGGCGGAAUAUGCUUGUACUGGACCUCAAUGGCAGCUCUUGUCUCGACCAGACACCAGGUCAGCAAGUACGCAAUGUCUUGGGGCAUAUCGUCGCGGACAAAGAUGACAAAGUCGGAGAAGUCGAGCGCAGGUAGCUCGGUUUCCAAGUUUGCCCAGUAUCCCUUAGGGAGACUGUUCGUGGGCAAACCGAUCGAAGCAUGCAGAGAGUCGAGCGCCGCCUGUUCAGCCGGCAAUGGGAUCAAUCUGCCGGACUCAAUCAAUCCCCUCCACCAGGGCGUCAUGAUGGCCUCCUGCAGCACAGCGUCGGCCUCGCCUGUCUCCAUGAAGGCAAUGCACUGUUCAGGUCGAUGGGCAGUAACAAAUUUCCCACCCCAGGAAUUGAGUUCUGCCUCGGAGAUGCCAUGGGCCUCUAUGAACCGGCGGGCAACGAAGCCGAUGAAAUUCGUCCCAUCGUGCGUGGACGUCGCGAUCUUGAGAGGCGGUUUGACACGGCGCAGGUCGUCGAAUGUCCUGAUCUGCAGUUUCGUGUCGAUCGCAAGAACCAUCCGGUCGUUCUGGGGGAGCACGGCCAGCGCGCGGAGGUUCGGUAACGGCUUACCAGCAAACAGUGACCCGUCCUCGCCUGUCAGAGCGCUCUUGAGCAGCUUGGCUGGCGUGUUGAUUGCCAGGUCUGCUUCGCCGUUCUGCACUAGGUACAGUGAUUCAAUCCCGCCGCCGCGGAUGCUCCAUGUCGCCACGCGGCUAAGGGGGCCUGCUCGGUCGCAAAACUCUUGCGUUAGCCAUCCGCAGAUCCGAUGGAAGUUGGCUUGGCCCCAGUCCCCGAUGAAGUUGAGCGUGUGCGAUCGGGAGAGCCGUGGUCCGCUGCUGCGACUGAGCGCCAGGCUGGAGAUAUCGACCGUGGUCAUGUUGGUCAGCGGUAUGCUGGUGGAUCGGUUCUUCGGUUUAUUCGACGCUUGGUACGUUGUCUAACGAGGCAGAGCGAUGAGCUGCUGCUGUUUCUCUUGUCUAAGACUUGAGGGAAGAAUGCCUGGUCUCAACCCGACUUUUUGGUGGAGGCGUGCAGCGUCACUUACACAGUACAAGGAGGGUUCUGUUUGCUCCUCCUGAAACCACGAAGGACUUUUGCUAGUUUGUACUUGGCUGGGGCUCGGAUAGGCUUCGCGAGAUGCAGUGAGGCUGAGCGGAAGAUAUGGCGUGGAGCGGUCGUUAUAUAACUGACUGCCAGCGGUUGACUGACCGAGGCUCAGCUCUUCGUUUUUGUCCUCUUGUUGCUAUCCGUCCAAACUCGAACUCUUAUUAGUACGGGAGAAUUGAAUAUACUGUGUCCCACCCCACACGGGGGCUACGCUGACCUUAUAUUAUGACUUUGCUGGCAGAACCCGCGGUAUCGUAGUGGAUACACUACUAGUAGAGCUGGGCAUCCCAAGGCUGUUCAACUGUCCACAUCGCGAUAAAUGGGUCCACACACGCACCUCACCUAAGGUACGCACCGCACGGAGAGUUGAUUUACGCUGACAGGCAGAGAACGGUGCUGGUUUGAAACCAGACAAAGACCUCGACGGCAUUAUUCAACCCCGCCACUACUACAGUACCAUUCUACUACUGCUAUCCGAUCUUUCCCCAUAUUAUACCCGAUUGACAUGCUCCCCGACAUUGGCCCCAUGUUUCGUCUGUUACUACCUUGCUAUGCUCUAGUUAUAGUCUCAGAGGGUCGGUUGUCGGAACCAUUCUGGUUCCGAGUCCUUCGAAUCCGAGUCCCCCACUACCCACUACCCACCCCCCCGGGCCCCUGAGUCCGGAGCCCCGCCGGGUACCUGGUAGGUCCAGAUCCUGUACAACUGUGCAAGUGACCACUGACCGAGUGGACUGUCGACCUCUAUGAGAGCUUUGGAAGAGCGUUGGUUAGUCUUUUUUGUCCAGACUCAGAGAGGCGAAGUGGAACAUUGGCAUCAUAUCAAUAGGUAUAACCUUGAAUAGUGUGUCCGGGGAUUCGAUAGCGGAUCUAUCCUCGUCCUCCUCUACGCGUGUCGACGAGACGAGAUUGUCAUUGUAUUGCGUUGAUUUCACUUACACCUAUCUCUGCCUCUUCGGACUCCGACACCCCAGGUCAAGUCUGCUUCUAAUCAUCAUCGCCAGCAGUAGCAGCAGCAGCACUAGUAGGUAUUUCCCAUCCCACACCAUAUAAUAGGUUCUGGUCCUCUCCAUCAUGGAACGAUCCAUUGUCACGGAACACCUGGACCAAUUCCCCGACGAACAAGGAGACGGAGACAACCGCGUCCUUUCCAUCCGACGCGAUGAAGUCUUGUUGUUUGAGCACCCGACCCUCAAAGGAAUCAAACUCCUCGAGCACACACCGCUAGAAGUCGUGCAUUUCCCAUUGGAAUUUUCGCCGCAACAGUUUUCGCCGCCGCGGGGAGUAUACGAGAGCGAUUUUCUGCGGGUUGAAUGGCAGCAGAUGAACUCGUUCCGACAACCGUUCUACCACCGCAACGCCGACGUCGACGAGCUGUCGUACCAGGUGUGCGGAGAACGGACGCUGAUGACGGAAUACGGCACGGUCGAGUUGCGCCCCGGCGACUUCUCGCGCAUUCCUGUGCGGGUGGCCCACGACAAUUUUGGCCGGCAGGGAAUCCAUCUGUUAUUUUAUAUCCCUGCGCCCGUGCGCGAGUGUGUCAAGGUCAACAGGACGGCGGGGCCCAAAAUUCCCCCGUUUGACGGGUGGCAGGCCGCUACUGUCACCGAGGUCAUGACGAAUUGUCUUGGUGGGCCGCAUUGCGAUAUUGCGGCUGCAAAGGCGGAUGAGAACCUGUUGUUGAAGCAUGCUGAGACGAUUCGGGACGACGAGUAUAUUAGGGUUUUGAGGAGUGAUGGUACAGACGAGAAUGGAGUCACAGCCGCUCCUGGUCAAAGUGUCCUUGUAGCUGGACAUUCUUCUCCCGGACCGCUGUGGCUGUACAAGUCGGCCGACGUGUGGAUCGGGAGCACGCGGACGAAACCAAAGGCGGAGGACCAUGUCAAGAAUGGAAACGGAGCUGGAGCUGGAAAUGAAGAUGGAAUCGUCUAUCGCCGUCACUCCCGCGUCGAAGAAAUCCAAUGCCAAAUCACCGGCUCUCGAACCCUUAUCACCCAACGCGGCAUCGUCCAACUCCACCCCGGCGACUUUGUUAACAUCCCUGUCGGCGUGGCUUUUACUGAUCAUGUCGAUGGUGAUGCUGCAUCGAAUGGAGAAAGUCACCAUAUUUCUAUCCUGACGCGCCAUCCUUGUCCGCCGAAAGCACAGGUCGUGAGACAGGCGAGUCCUGCGACGUGGGACGCUGUGAUGGAAAUUCGGAAUGGACGGAAAGACGUGUGAGGCGUGACAUGACAAUAUCUACCUAGUAGGAUAGGUACCUAGGUACCUACCUAUAAGGUACACAGUUUGGAAGAGACGAAGAGAAGAAUUGGUAGUAACACACUGUAUGUCACAAAAAUUUCUGCCGCUGCAAUUCCUGCUUUCUCCCAACGGGUCCUGUACCUCGUCGGGGUUGUCUAGCCUGGGUACAAUUCCUGUCCACAG